AUUCUUGUCUGUGGUUAAACCUCGGAACCAGAGAGAGAUGGUAUGGUCUUAUUCACUCACUUUUUAUUAAUAAACUCAUCUCUCUCUGUCCGAGAGCCUCUCUCUUCUCCUUUUCUCUCUCUCUCUCUUUGAAGCUAUCAUCUUUGAGAGCUCCUUUGGUCCAUACUUUAGAAAAAAAACCGUCAUGAGAUUGCUUCUUGGUCUCUUGUUUCUCUUGUCUCUAGCAACCUCUUCAAGUGCAACUUAUUGUCUAUGCAAAGAUGGAGUUGGAGAGAAAGACCUUCAAACAUCAAUAGACUAUGCAUGUGGAGUUUUAAAAGAUUGUAAUCCAAUUCAUGACAAAGGUCCUUGUUACCAACCAAACACUGUCAAGAGCCAUUGUGAUUGGGCUGUUAAUACUUACUUCCAAAGAUCCGGUCAAAUCCCUGGAAGCUGUAACUUCUCUGGAACUGCUACUACCAGCUCAAAUCCUCCUUCAACUGUUGUUACUGGUUGCAUCUAUCCUUCAAGUCCUGGAAGUGCAGGGACAACUCCAACGAUCGGGACUUCUUCAGGAACACAGACGUUUCCGGGAACUCCUGUGUUUGGUCCGGCCGGAUCUUUUGAUCCUUCAGGCAGCAACAAUGGUGCUUCGGGUUUGUUCAUUUCGAAUUCAAUCGCUCUCAUACUUGGUUUCUCCGUCAUUGCGUUUCUAUAAAAAGAGGGCAGUGAUUAAGAAAGCGAGGCUAACGUUUUUUGAUGUACGGAUGAGAUUCUGCCACUUGUGAAUGCAAGUUCUUUGAGGCAGACAUCUUAUUUAGGGGGUUGGCUUUUGUUGUUUAGGCUUACUUUUUUUUUAAUUGUAUGUAAGAAAUGCUUUAAUCGAAUCUUUCUUCAAGUGUUUUACAUGAAAGAGAACA